CGCCUCUGCCCCUUCCGCGAGCUGGUCACUCAGGCGCCGCCUACGGCUUCUCCCACUUUCGGCUGCGGAGUUGCGCGUCAAGGGGGUAGGCUGGAAAAUAUCUGAAUCUUUCUUUGAUCAGAGAAGAAAGCCAGUAUGUCUCAUUCACGCAAACCCCCUCUUGUGACGGGCAUUUCUCCCAAUGAAGGUAUUCCAUGGACAAAAGUCACAAUUCGAGGAGAGAACUUGGGAAUGGGCCCAACAGAUCUUAUAGGGUUGACUAUCUGUGGGCACAAUUGUCUUUUGACUGCCGAAUGGAUGUCUGCUAGCAAAAUUGUGUGUCGAGUGGGUCAAGCAAAGAAUGACAAAGGGGACAUUAUUGUCACUACAAGGUCAGGAGGCAAAGGGACUUCAACUGUUUCUUUCAAACUCCUGAAACCUGAAAAAAUAGGUAUCUUGGAUCAGUCUGCUGUCUGGGUUGAUGAAAUAAACUAUUAUGACAUGCGCACUGAUAGAAACAAAGGGAUGCCCCCUUUGUCUCUACGUCCUGCUAAUCCGCUUGGUAUUGAGAUAGACAAAGGAAAGUUUCCACAGAAAGAGCUCGAAGCUUUGUUUCCUGGGAUGAGUGCUGAUUUCACCAGUGAAAAUUUUUCUGCUACCUGGUAUUUGAUAGAGAACCAUUCAACAACAAGUUUUGAUCAGCUUAAAAUGGCUGUAAUGAAUCUGAAGAAACAAGCAAACAAGAAGAACGAGGGAAGUCUACAAUAUGUCAAGGGAGGUCUCAGCACUUUUUUUGAAGCACAAGAUGCCCUGUCAGCAAUCCAUCAAAAACUGGAAGCGGAUGGAACAGAAAAAGUGGAAGGAUCCAUGACGCAAAAACUGGAGAAUGUUCUGAACAGAGCGAGUAAUACUGCAGAUACCUUGUUUCAAGAAGUUUUGGGUCGCAAAGACAAGGCAGAUUCAACAAGAAAUGCCCUCAAUGUCCUCCAGCGCUUCAAAUUUCUUUUCAAUCUUCCGUUGAAUAUUGAAAGAAAUAUUCAAAAGGGAGAUUAUGAUGUAGUCAUUAAUGAUUAUGAAAAAGCGAAAUCAUUAUUUGGGAAGACUGAGGUUCAAGUAUUCAAAAAAUAUUAUGCUGAAGUUGAAAUACGAGUUGAAGCCUUACGUAAUCUACUCCUGGAUAAAUUGCUUGAGACUCCAUCAACGUUGCAUGACCAAAAGCGCUAUAUAAGAUAUCUUUCUGAUCUUCAUGCAGAGGGGGACCCAGCUUGGCAAUGUAUAGGUGCCCAGCACAAAUGGAUUCUGCAGCUUAUGCACAACUGUAAAGAAAGCUAUGUUAAAGAACAGAGAGUUAAUCCAUUACUGCAAAGCCCUAUGGUGGAUCUAGAUGGUGAAACACGCCCGUCUUCACUUGGUCAUCUCAGUCGGAGUGCAUCAUUGAAAAGAGGCGGCAGCAAUCAGUCUAGUCGUGAUGAAGCUUGGAGAUUUAAAGCUCCUCAGCAAGUAGCAUUUGUUGAAAAGCUAACAAAGCUUGUUGUGAGCCAGCUCCCUAACUUCUGGAAACUGUGGAUUUCCUAUGUGAAUGGGAGCCUCUUUAGUGAGACUGCUGAGAAAUCAGGACAAAUGGAAAGAUCGAAGAAAAACGCUAGACAAAGGCAAAAUGAUUUUAAGACUAUGAUUCUGCAAGUGAUGCAAUCCCUGGUCAAACUGAUUCGUGGUGCUUUACUUCCAUUUAGCCUUGGAGAAAGUGAGCUGAGAGAAUAUGGUGGCUGGGAGAUGAAAUCUGAACUUUCCAGCCAAUGGCUAGCUCAUAUCAUUCAGACAGUUAGGCUUACUUAUGAAUCUCUCUCUGCACUUGAAAUUCCAAAUGAUAUGCUACAGAUCAUCCAGGACCUUAUUUUUGAUCUCAGAGUUCGUUGUAUAAUGAUCACUUUACAACAUACUGCUGAAGAUGUGAAGAGACUGACCGAAAAGGAAGACUGGGUUGUGGAUAAUGAAGGUUUCACCUCUUUGCCAUCUCAGUUUGAGCAGCGUGUUAUACAUUCUGUGCAGUCACUUAAAGGAGUCCUAGAAUGCAAACCUGGGGAGACCAGUGUUUUUCAGCAGCCAAGAAUACAGGAAGAUGUAUGCCAGCUGAUCAUUAACAUCAUGCAGGUAUUCAUUGACUGUCUGGAACAACUGAGUACAAAAGCUGACAGUGAUGUGGAUAGUACACAUCUUUCAGUUGACGUUUCAUCUUCAGAUUUAUUUGGAAGCAUCCAUGAAGAUUCUGGUUUAUCUUUAGAACGGAGGCUUUUAAUUGUGCUUAGUAACUGCUGCUAUUUAGAACGUCACACCUUUCUAAAUCUAGCUGAGCACUUUGAAAAACUUGGCUUCCAGGGAGUUGAAAAGAUUACUCAGAUUAUCAUGGAUUCAUUAAAAAAACUUGAUCAACGAAUGUUUGAAAUAUACAUUGAACUAAAAGCUGACCCCAUAGUAGGCUCAUUGGAACCUGGCAUUUAUGCAGGUUAUUUUGAUUGGAAAGACUGCCUUACACCAACAGGUGUUAGAAACUAUUUGAAGGAAGCCUUAGUACAUAUCAUUGCUGUACAUGCCGAGGUAUUCACUAUCUCAAAGGAGCUUGUACCCAGAGUCCUGUCAAGAAUUGUCGAGGCAGUUGCUGAAGAACUCAGCAGGCUAAUGCAGUGUGUUUCAUCCUUCAGCAAAAACGGUGCUUUACAGGCCCGGCUUGAAAUUUGUGCACUGAGAGAUGCUGUGGCUUUAUUCCUAACACCUGAAAGCAACUCAAGCUUUAAGCAAGCCCUCGAAGCCUUGCCACAGCUGUCAAGCGGUGCAGAUAAAAAGUUGCUGGAAGAGCUAUUAAACACCUUCAAGAGCAGCAUGCAGUUGCAGCUUACCUGCUUUCAAGCUUCUUCUUCCACAGUGGUGAAGACAUAAGAGAAUUCUGAUAUGUAAUUGUUUUACAAAAAACAACAAGAGAUGGUAAAUCCCAUCAUUGUUCAUAUUUAUGUUUGUACUGUCCAUUAUAUAUUUGCCCUGUUAACUUGCUGAAAAGUGACUUCAUUACUCUAUGAACUGUGUCUUGUGAUUCAAAACUCCAGACUCUUAAGAUCUUGUUUAUUUAUUACCCCAGCGCACCACAUUGCUGAAACUCUUGUUGCUAGAAGAAAUGCCAAACAGGAGAUUUUUUUCAUUGGAACUGUGUCACAAAAAUAUACAAAAUUAAACUUUAUUUUCAAAUUACAUGAGGUUCAAACUACAGUUUACUUUCUAUAGAUGCAAAGGAUAGGUUUCAAGAAUUUGUUUUUCCCAAAUUUGUAAAUAUCUUCCUUCCCUUUUGCUUCAUAGAUUUACUCCAUUCAAGAACGUUUGCCCGAUCCUCUGUGUACUGGAGGGGACUGGAGGAGGGGAAGGAAAGUUUGUUUUCCCCAACAAAGUUGUGUUUACCUAGCUCUGGAUUUAGCACUAUAUAUGUGUAACUGGCAAACAGGUUGUAUGUACUGUAUUAUUCUACCAAAUAGUGAAGAGAAUCUUAUUAUUCUCUAGUUUAAUUUCUGAUCAGAUACAGAAAUGUGGCAAAAUCUUCCUUGCCAGAUUAUUAAUUUACUACAUACAUGUAUGCCACAGCCAUCAUCCCUACGUACUCAGAUUUGUCUCAUUCUGAUACUUCAUUUACAACUGAUCUCUAUAUAGAGAUCUGUUUCAACUACAAAAAAGUGGGGUUUACAGCAGAACUCUGUCAUAGAUGUUCAUGCUGAGUGGACUCUUUCAGGAUUACAAAUCUAAUAAAUAAAAAUAUUCAUGAUGAAAUAUA